UCACUAAAUUGAUUUUUUAGGAUUGUAGUAAAAUGCCUAAACUUAGAAAAUACGAUAAGAAUAAACUUAUAGAAGCUGUUAAGGAUGUCCAAAAUGGCACUGAAUCGUAUAGAACAGCUGAAAAAAAAUAUGGAAUUCCGAAGUCCACUAUAGAAUUUAAAUUAAAACAUCCGGAACAUAAAGAUACACUUGGACCGUCUCCUAUUUUAACUUGCGAGGAGGAGAAUACUCUGGUUAGAUGGAUACAAGAAACCGCUUCAAAAGGUUUCCCCAAAAAGGCUAACGAUUUAAAAAGCAGCGUGCAAAAAUUUUUAACCGAAAAUCCUCGCCCCAAUAACUUUAAAGAUAAUCGACCUGGAGAUGGAUGGUUAAAAGGAUUUUUGAAGCGACAUCCAGAGGUUUCUAAAAGGACAAGUGAAGGUGUAACGGCAGCUAGCGCUUGUGUAUCUGAACGAGACAUCAAAAACUGGUUUAAAAAUAUUGAAACCUAUGUCAAAGAAAAACAUCUAGAAGAAGUUCUAACUGAUCCAUCAAGAAUUUUUAAUGGAGAUGAGUCAGGAUUUCAAAUAUGUCCAUCUACUGGAAAAGUAUUUGCUAUGAAAGGUUCAAAAAAUGUUUAUAAUGUUGAAAAAAGCUGUUCAAAAGAAAACGUCACUGUGAUGUUUACGUUUUCAGCAGACGGUAAAAUUUGCGUGCCUAUGGUUAUUUAUCCUUAUCAACGUAUUCCAGAAAAAGUUGCUAAAGGCAUUAAUCCUAAAUGGGGUGUGGGCAGAAGCGAUAAUGGUUGGAUGACGGCAGAGACAUUCUAUCAGUAUAUUGCGAAUGUUUUUUACCCCCACCUAAUUGAAAAUAAUAUUAAGCUUCCAGUUAUUCUUUUUGUAGAUGGACACAAGAGUCACUUAAGUUACCAAUUAAGUCUAUUGUGUAAUGAACUGCAAAUUGAAGUAAUUGCACUUUAUCCUAACGCCACAAGGAUUUUACAACCAUGUGACGUCUCUAUUUUCCGUCCACUAAAAGAAGCUUGGCGGCAGUCAGUAAGAGAAUGGGAAGAACAGCAUCCAGGAGGGGUAGUCAAUAAGGUUGUAUUUGCUUCUAUAUUGGAGCAAGCUACAAAAAAAAGUUGUAAAACUGAAACAGUAGUAAAUGGUUUCAAGGUUUGCGGAUUGUUUCCAUUUAAAGCAGAUGCUAUUGACUACACAAAAUGUUUAGGUAAAGAAGUAGUAAAAAAUUUAAUCAUUUCGGAUCAUCAAAAGAAACCCAAGAUGGACUAUAAUACUUUCGUAAAUAUCUUAGUUCCUGAAAAAGUUCAUAGCUUAGAGAAUUUAAAAGAAAAUCAAAAGAAUAAUCUGCCUAGCGACGAUAAUUUGAAUUUGUUGUUCAAAAUCUGGAAUUUUUUUGAACAUGAUCCAAAACAUUCUGAUAACCAAAUGGUUCUAAAAAAUAGAGACACAAACAUUAAUAUUAUUCAAAAUAUAGCUAUCACAUCUCCGGUUAAAAAUACUGAAAUAAAAACAUCAGAAAAAAGUGGUAUUGAAAAUCAUAGACAGCAUAUACCUAACGAUGGUGAUCUAUUUAUAUGUCACAACUGCUUCAAUCUGCAGGAUAGUGAUUCCAUUGCUAAUAACAGUAACCAAGACAGUGAGGAUGAAGAUAUUGACGAACUUUUCACUCAAUACAAAGAAGCACAGAAGCAAUUAUAA